GUGUUGCUUGCUUUCAUUAAUGUUCGUGCAUUGCUUUGUUUAUUUUUUUAAUGCAUUUUCCCCCGCUAUUAAACUAAAAUACUGCAUGUACCGCAUAGCUCGCGCUGCAAUGUGGACGUCACAAAAACAUGCGCUGCUUUUGAACAUUUGUCGAAAUAUUAAGGUCAAUUCAGAGGUGUUUACCGUUUAAAUUUCGGAAGACGAGUCCUUUUACGGCACGCUUUCUGUUUCAACUUUAACAGUAGUGCGUAGCCUACUAUUGCGAAGCUCUGUACUAGAUGUCGUCAGACCCGAGGGGGCGGAGCUAACAUGUCGCAAUCUUAUUAAGAACAGCAUCAUCGAGUCAGGCUGGUGUAACACAUCUGAGCAUAUUAGACGUGUCUAGCCAAAUUGAGAAUUUACAUUCGGACGGUCAGGCUGGGUGCCACGUUUGAUGUGUGAUCUAAAGGAAACAUUAUUACAAUUCAAAGGAUAACUAGACUGCAACAAAAGACCAGCCAAAGGAGUACUUCUGCGCUAUCACUAAUUCGGACGCGUCCUCUGGUUCAACUUUCUUUGGACAAUUUUCUAUUUGUCAAACUUACAGUUAUCUAUAUUAAACACCACGUUACAGAGCUUUCUUUUUUCCAGGGCAACGCCGCGAAGGAUAUUGAACGUUAUCUGGCCAUUCAGGGACGUUCGUGAAAACCAAAAAAGCAAAGGAAAUAUUGUCCAUGCAAGACGCGUUCAUUCAGCGGGAAUAAGGAACAAAGACAUUCGUGUUAACAACAAGCGCUCUCCGGUGGGUCAGUUUACUUACAGAUGUGAAGAGAACAAAAAAAAGGCAAAGUUUACGACAGAAAAAAAAAGCGCAUUAAUGUCUGCAAAACACUUCAAAGUCGGAGAUCUUUCUAAGUCAUAUACUGUCCAAACUGACGAAUUUGUAUUUGUUUUUCCUUGGCAAAGAUUUUUUUCCAUUUUUGACUACAUUUAACAACUUCUCCGUCUUCGCUGCAUCACAUUUUCUGUUUUCCCUUUUGGAAAUGUUCUCUGACAACUAGACCGAACUAAGUGCGCCCGUAGUUUUCAUUGUUCUGUUUUGGAGAGGAGUGGGUCCUUUGUCUCAAGCAGCGAGAUGAGUAUGAACCUGUCAACUCCAACACCUCCACUGAGACUGAAGCGAGUAGACUUUGAGGACUCUCACAACACCGACACCUUCAAAUGCAAGCGCCGCAGGCUCAGCCAGCCUCCCUCCCCUGGUCUCGUUCCCUGUCUUCGCCCCCUGUCCCAGACCCUGGAACAACAAGGCUCGGAGAAGCACCAUGUGUCCCGUAUCGGACCCUACAUUCUGCUGGAGGCCACAGAAGGAGCUCAAACUUUCAGAGUGGUUCAUCAUGUCACAGAACAGGAUUACACAUGCAAGGUGUUUUCAAUUAAGAAGUAUCAUGAGUUCAUCGCACCCUACACACGCCUGUUGCCGCACAACAAUAUCUGUAAGAUUUCGGAGGUGUUGCUGGGGGAGAACAACAUGUACAUAUUCUUUGAGCGUAACUAUGGGGACAUGCACUCGUAUGUGCGCAGCUGCAAGAGACUGCAGGAGGACGAGGCCGUGCGGCUGUUCAGCCAGAUGGCAGCUGCAGUCGCGCACUGUCACGAGAACGGCGUCGUUUUAAGAGACCUUAAACUGCGCAAGUUCCUGUUCACUGAUCCGCAGAGAACAAAGCUGGUCUUGCAAAACUUGGAGGAUUCUUGUCUGCUUAACGGCAAUGACGACUCGCUGACAGACAAACAUGGCUGCCCGGCCUACGUCGGCCCGGAGAUUUUAAACUCGCAACACUCAUACUCUGGGAAGGCUGCCGACAUAUGGAGCCUUGGUGUUGUUCUUUACACCAUGUUAGUUGGACGUUACCCAUUUCAGGAUGUGGAACCCACAGCACUGUUCAGCAAAAUUCGUAGGGGUGCGUUCACCAUCCCCGACACUCUUUCACCCAGGGCUAAGUCUUUGGUGUGUUGUAUGCUAAGGAAAUGUCCUUCAGAGAGGCUAGAGGCUGGAGAUAUUCUUCUCCACCCAUGGCUGCACUGUAGCAACAAUAUAUCCCUCAGCCAGCACUCCAACACCAGACACUCAACGGAUCAGAUUGUCCCUGAUUUCAAACCGAGCAAGAGUGAAGAUUGCUAGUAAUUCCACAAGGGGUAAAUGAAAGCGCCUCCUUCAUUCCGUUUACUUCCCGGACGCCACAGGUGGUGGGGGGGGUGGGGAUGGGGAGUAACUGUGUUUUGUUACCUCUGAAAAUACCCAUUUGCGGUGAUCUCGUCAAGAAACGACACAUGCAGGGCUUGUGCUGUACAUGGGCUGCGAAAAACUUGCUUUCCUAGCAGAUUUUGAUUUAUGGCACAGUUUGGAUUAAGUCUAGAAAGAAAAUCAUAACUAAGUUCAACAGUAUUGCCUAAUUAGUGCAUGGAUUUCACCCAUUGUAAACGUGUUGUGGAAGCAGCUUUGUUGUGUCAAUUAAUAGUUUGAUACCUCUAACUUAAAUCCUGCAAUACUUGAUGCACACUGUGUGCCUUUAUGUACUGUUUACAUCAUUUUUUUGCAAUGGAAAAUUAUAGGUAUGACUAUUUAAAGUGCCUUUUCCCCCCCAGUAAAACAGCCGAUGUUGUUGUUGGACUUGAAGUACCAAAGAUUUGAGUUUUUCCCAGCUUGAGCCUGUGGAUCUGCAACAGAAGCAGAAGUGCUUGUUUCCUUUUCAUGUGAAGAAUUCAGAAGGCUUUUUUUUUUUUUCUCUGCCAGUUACAUCUGAUUCUUUGUAAAUGUCUUCAUCUAUUAGACUAUGUAUUUGUGCAGUAGAGCAGGUUCGACCUUGAAGGCUGUGGAGCAUAUAUUGACAUGCACCACAAGAAAUGUCCAUAUAAUGGUUUCGCAGUGUACCUGUAGAGCAAAACAAAAGCUUAACAUACACUUCGUUGGUGAUUCCUGCAUGCAGUGCUAUGACUUUUUUUUGUUGUUGUUAAAGUACUUGUCAAUUUGUAGAUUUCUUUUUGUUACUAGAGAGAAGCGGACACUACAUGUUGUUUCAAGGGUUGUUGUACCUUUAAGAUAAGUAUUUUGUUGUUGCCACAAAAAUAAAAAACCCAACAAGACUA